CUUGAAAUUAGAAUAAAAUCGGACAUUCAUAGCAUGAGGCAUGAAUAGAUUUGGAAUUUUGGAUUUUGAUUUGCUUAAACCUCUAGCAUACACCCGCCCGCACCCAUUUCUCCGUCCAUCUACCUCGGUUUCGGAUCAUCUCCCAAAAUCUUCAAACCCUACCCCAUUAUUUCCAAUUCAGUCUCAAAGCUCUGGUAUUUCAGUUGCAGCAAGCAGAAGAAGAGGAAGAAGUAGAAGAAAAACCAGAAGCGUUAUAGUGAUUUCAGUGACGAGAAGAAAAUGUCGGUGCAGGAGUAUCUGGACAAGCACAUGCUCUCCAGGAAAAUAGAAGACGCCGUUAAUGCCGCAGUUAGAGCGAAGACGCCGGAUCCCGUGCUCUUCAUCUCCAAUCACAUGAGGAAAUCCGUGCCCUCUGUCAUCACCAAGGUUAAAGCCAGGCAAAUUCUCGACAGCAGAGGAAUUCCCACUGUUGAGGUCGAUUUGCACACCAAUAAAGGCGUGUUUCGGGCUUCCGCACCUAGCGGCGUCUCCUCUGGGAUGUACGAGGCUAUUGAGUUGCGAGAUGGAGACAAGGGAAUGUAUCUUGGAAAUGGUGUCAGUAGAGCCGUUAAGAAUAUCAAUGAAAAAAUAUCAGAAGCUUUAAUUGGUAUGGAUCCAACUCUUCAAGUUCAAAUUGAUCAAGCCAUGAUAGACUUGGACAAGACCGAGAAGAAGGGUGAACUUGGGGCAAAUGCAAUUCUAGCAGUCUCAAUGGCCGCUUGCAAAGCAGGGGCAGCUGAAAAGGAGGUUCCACUCUACAAACACAUUGCUGAUCUUGCUGGUAAAACGAAUUACCAUAUUCCUGUUCCAGCUUUCACUCUCAUAAGUGGUGGAAAACAUGCUGGGAACAUUCUGGCAAUUCAGGAAAUUAUGAUUCUUCCUGUUGGGGCAAGAAAAUUUGAGGAAGCAUUGCAAAUAGGGUCUGAAACUUAUCAACAUUUGAAGGCUGUGAUUACAGAAAAAUAUGGUUCACAUGGAUGUAAUGUUGGGGAAGAUGGUGGGUUUGCUCCAAAUAUAUCCAGCUUGAAAGAAGGCUUGGAUUUUGUAAAGGAGGCCAUUGCCAGAACGGGAUAUAACGAGAAAAUAAAGAUAGCAAUUGGUGUUGGUGCUACUGAAUUUUGCAUAGGUACCAAGUAUGAUUUGGAUUACAAAUCACCAAAUAAAUCAGGUCAAAAUUUUAAGUCAGGGGAGGACAUGAUUGAUAUGUACAAAGAACUAUGUGAAGCCUACCCUAUUGUGUCAAUUGAAGAUCCAUUUGACAAGGAGGAUUGGGAACACUCCAAGUAUUUCUCUAGUCUUGGAAUAUGCCAGGUUGUAGGAGAUGACUUGUUGACGUCAAAUGCUAAACGAAUAGAGAGAGCUGUACAGGAAGCAGCUUGCAAUGCUCUUCUGCUAAAGAUCAAUCAGGUUGGAACUGUGACGGAGGCCAUUGAAGUAACCAAGUUAGCAAAGGAUGCCAACUGGGGCGUGGUGAUAUCUCAAAGAAGUGGGGAAAGUGAAGAUUCUUUCCUGGCAGAUUUAGCUGUUGGCCUUGCCACUGGUCAAAUUAAGGCCGGUGCCCCUUGUCGUGGAGAGAGACUAGCAAAGUACAACCAGUUGCUCAGAAUUGAGGAAGAGCUCGGGGAUAAAUCGAUUUAUGCUGGUGAUGACUGGAGGCACUGCUGACAGCUUCUGCACAGUUCUAUUACAGUGGUUUUCAUGUUGAACUAUUACGUUAUGAGGCAAGUGGCUCCCGUGAUUUCAAGAUAAUAUCUGUUAUUGGGGUAUGGUUCCGAGACAACGCUGCUUGAAAUGAUUUGUGGUUGCAAUUUUGUUAAGGUUGGUGCCUGAUUAUUGUCUGGUGAGAUUUGAGGGGUUCUGUAACAGGAGUCGUUUCACGAGGUUUAAGUAGUGUGACAAGAAGUUUGGAUGCCAAAAUGGAAAGAUCAAAGAAACAAAAGAACAAAAGGGGAAAAAAAAAGACAUACUAUUUUGAGUUGAAAUGGUAUUCAUGCAAUGGACAAAAAGAUUAUUGAGCAACAGUUAUGUCACUCAAGCUGGUACAUACCCAAGUCAGUCGUGAAUCUUUAGAUGUAUUUGGUGUUGAAGUAUUAUAUUCCUAUCCGAUAAUCCAGUCAUUGAAUAUGUAUCCAAAUAGGAAGCGUGAUAUUCCCUUGAGGGGGUAUAUUUUUCCCUUAAUAUUUUUGAACUUGUGCCCAGGUUCAAAUUAAUCACAAUCCACAUGCCAGUAUAGUUGCUCAUUUACAAGGGACUGGCAUGUUAAGCUCAAUCUGGAAUAGAAUUCCCUUUGGAGAGUUGAGAUUUCCUAGUAUACUUGUAGCCAUAGGUUGAAAAUUGUUUGGCUCAAAUGAAUCCGUAAC